AUGAACUGGGUUGGUGGCUCUCGUAAAAGAAUCAUGAUUACCAAAGAAAGAAGAAAGCAGAAGGACUUCUUUGAAAAAAAAAGGCUUAAGUCCAAGAUGAAGAUGUUGAGGGAGUCUCCCUUUCAAAACUCAGCUGUCAGCUUAGACCUGCUCAAUUUGUAUGUUGUCAACCAAAUAUCUACCAAGAAAAAAUAUACUGGCAGUAUUCAAAAGCCAGUUCAAGUGGAUAUUAACAGAGGAGUAAAAAUUCCUUUGAGAAGGCACAAUGUAGAACUUCCUAACUCACCAGAACACAGACCACCUGAACCACUCUUAGAUGAUAUCCAGCACAGGGUACAAGAAGAAAUAUUAGAAAAUAGAAGAAAAUACCUCUCAGAAAAAAAGAACUUUCAGUCUCAAGUAAACUUUAUAAUACCGAAUAUUAAAUCUGAAGAUGCUUGGAUUUCUAAGGCAGCAUACAGGAAAAGGGAUUUCAAUGACCCAGACGUAGAUGUACCAACUGGUCAGUAUUUCCAGCAGUUGAAUAGUCCAGAAUAUAGGGAUAUAUUUGGCAAGUCUCCCAAAGUCACUGCUGUUACAGAUUUUGGAAGCAGUCACAGUGAAGAAGGAUUGUUUGGAAUUGUGAAAGACACACUGAAGACUACACAAAGUGAAAACUUCCAGCCCAUUGUGUCUUUGUUUGAAGAAAUGAAUCAGCACUAUCUGACUACUUCUGCUUCUGCUUACCAUCCUUUAGUUAACAGAAACAUUAUUGACCAGCUUUUCACAGAUUCAGGUGAUAGAAAUCAAAUAUGCAACAUACAUAGCCCUUUUGGUGAAAAAGAAAUGCAUCAAAUAACAAGUCCCAUUCAAAGCUCUUCUGCUGAGAGAGACCUCAAAGGUAUUUUUACAGCUCCAGAACAAAUUUUCUUCCCUAACAGCCAAAGGUUACAUGCAAUUGACCAAGAAUGCAGCAAGAAUCAAUUUAAAAAUAGCUAUAUUCAAGAAAGAAAUCCUGUAAUAUUUUCUGACCAGCCACAGAACACUACAGCCUUUGAAAACACAGGAAGAUUUGAAAACCAAAAGAAAGAUACUCAAGUAGCAGACACUGUACAGAAUUGCUUAGAGACAAGGAAGUGUGGACGAGCAGAACCAAAUCUAAAUCACUUGCAGAUCUUUGAACUGGAAGAGGAUGUCUACAAUUUUUAUGAUCAGCAUUCAAAGCAAGAAAGGCAAAGAGAUGAUGAAUUGCAACUAAACAGCCAAUCACCCAGUUAUUCUCCAAAACAAACAGACAGAUAUGUCAGUACUACAUCUGAUGAGUCUGAAAAGGAAGAGCAGGAUGGAAAAGCAUCAUGUCUCUUGGAAGAAUAUUUCCCAAGAAAUUAUGACAGCCCACUUUCAGCUUCAAGAAAUACAAGGUCACAGUGCAAUUGUCAUUUGAUGGGCGGGUAUUCUGCUAUUCUUUGUAAUGGGUCCAGUGAUACAGCAGAGAUUCAGCCCCUGACAGAACCAGCCAUGAAUCUAAGAAAGUAUAUGUUACAAAAAGCUGGAACAGAGUUACCAGAUGCAUCAUUUGAAAACAAAUGUGCUAAUUUCAAGGCAAAGUACAACGCUUGGUCACAAACAGAGACAUGGGCUAAAGGAAUGGAAAAAUCUGAUGCAGCCGUGCAGUGUGAUCUAAUGCAGGGUUGUGGAUGUAGAAACGAACUAUCCUCUGUCCACAGUGCUGAAAUUGUCACUUCAGUCAGCAAGAUAAAGACCACUGGAGGGCAGAACAUUCCAGCAGAUAGAGCAGCAGUCCAUUCUAGUAGCAGCGAUUCUGUGUUCACUAAGAAUCUGUCGCCUGAAAGAGAACACCCCACAGUACCUGGCAAAAUAAACCAAGACAUAAUAGAUUUCAUCCAAGUAAUAAAUAAAGUGUAA